AUGGCUCAUACAGCGCAGUCAGAGAUCAAACCCUCCUUGCAGGAGGUAUCGGUGAUUAUAGAGAAGUCGAAGUCAUCCUCACAUCCUCCGAACCUCGUCCCGUUGUGCGCACAAGUCAAGGCCGAUCUGUUCACGCCGACCCAAGCAUACCUGAAAGUAUCAAAUGGAGCAAAGUUGUCGUUUCUUUAUGAGAGUGCGGCUACAACUGGCACAAUCGGCCGGUACUCUUUCGUUGGCGCCAGCCCUCUGAAAGUGCUCAAGUCAGGACCAGGCCAUGGACCUGAGGAGGAUCCUCUCCCGCAGCUGGAGCAAGAGCUCGCGCAGUAUAGAGUCGCCUCAGUCCCGUCGUUACAGCUUCCGCCGAUGACUGGUGGUGCCAUCGGCUACGUCGGCUAUGACUGUGUGCGAUAUUUCGAGCCUAAGACGGCCCGACCUAUGCAAGAUGUCCUGAAUCUGCCGGAGAGUCUCUUCAUGCUGUUCGAUACAAUUGUUGCUUUCGACCACUUUUUCAACGUCUGCAAAGUUAUUACAUAUAUACAAGUGCCACCGAGCGGCUCGGUGCGGGACCUGGAAAGUGCGUAUGCAAGAGCCAGAUCCACCAUUGAAAAGGUCAUCGCCAUGCUGCAGGACGAGCAUAUCCCUAUUCCGGAGCAGGUAGCCAUCCAGCCUGGCAACAAGGCCACAUCGAAUAUCGGUCAGACUGGGUAUGAAGGCCAUGUGGCUACCCUCAAAAAACACAUCACCAAGGGCGACAUCAUCCAAUGCGUCCCCUCACAUCGCAUGGCACGCCCAACCAGUCUCCACCCCUUCAACAUCUACCGCCACUUAAGAACGGUCAAUCCCUCACCAUACCUCUUCUACAUAGACUGCGAAGAUUUCAGUAUCAUAGGCGCCUCCCCAGAACUGCUGGUGAAGGAAGAAGCCGGCCGAAUCAUCACGCAUCCCAUUGCAGGCACUGUCAAGCGGCAUCCAGAUCCCGAGGAAGAUGAGAGAUUGGCGGACGAGCUAAGGAACAGCAUCAAAGAUCGAGCCGAACAUGUCAUGCUGGUCGACCUUGCACGAAACGAUGUCAACCGCGUAUGCGAUCCACUCUCGACUCGUGUUGACAGACUCAUGGUUGUGGAGAAAUUCAGCCAUGUCCAGCACCUCGUCAGUCAGGUAUCUGGCGUCCUUCGUGACGGCGAGACACGCUUCUCUGCUUUCCGCAGUAUUUUCCCCGCCGGCACAGUAUCCGGUGCUCCCAAAGUCCGAGCGAUGGAGUUGAUUGCCGAACUUGAAAAGGAGAAGCGGGGCGUCUAUGCUGGUGCAGUCGGAUACUUUGGCUUCUCUCAGGUAACGCCGGAUGGAUCGGCAAUUGAGGAGGGCGCAAUGGACACUUGCAUCGCGCUACGGACGAUGGUUUGGAAGGAUGGAGUUGCGUACCUUCAGGCCGGUGGUGGUAUUGUCUUUGAUAGUGAUCCGGAAGACGAGUGGAUUGAGACAAUGAACAAGUUGGGCGCGAAUGUUAGGACGCUCGAGGCAGCCGAGGCAUAUUAUCUCACCAUGCAAAAGGCAGCGACGCAGCAGAGCAAUGGGCUUGCGAGAUAG